ACGAAAACAGCAACAACAACAAGUUGAUUUGAGUUGAUUAGAAUCAUCAUCAUCAUCAUCAUCAUCAUUGUUAUCGUUAUGGUGGAUUGAUAUUGUUCAUUGCGAACCAUUGGUUAUCAGCAUUGUGUUCAAUCAUCAUUUUAAGUUAAUUUAUUUAUUACCAGAUUUUAUUGUUGAGUUUUUUUUCUGUUAAAUUAUAAUAUAUCUAUCGACAAAUUCAAUCAAUGGGACAAACAUUGCGAAGCAUUUCGAAUAGUUUUAAUAAUCAUACAUCAACAAAAAAUGAAAAUCAUCAUGAAUUAGAUAAACUUCCUGAUUUAGCAUCAUGGCCACCAGAAUUAAGUUUAAAUGUAUUGAAAAAUUUAAAUGCAACUGAACUUUGUUUAGCUGCUUGUGUUUGGAAUGAAUUAGGACGUGAUGAUCUACUAUGGCAAUCAUUAUGUCAUUCUGAAUGGCCAUAUACAUCGAUAUAUUUUCGUAAGGAAAAACCAUUAAAUUUUUCCUAUCACAAAUUAUAUCUAACAUUGGAUGAAGCUACCGUUACGUUCAAUGCUGAUUGUCAUCUGGGGAUGAAUUAUUUUUUCAAAAAUAACCUUAUCGAAGAUGAUCCCGGUGAAAUUGCUAAAUUAUUUUUUCGUGCAAAACCAUUAGAUCGUACACAGAUUCGUCGUUAUAUACAAUCAGAUCUCGAUGUUCUUGAUCAUUUAAUCAAUUUAUUUGAUUUUUCCAAUCAAACCCUUUCGGAUGCAUUACGGCAUUAUUUUUCUGUAUUAGAAGUACCAAGUCGUUAUGAUCAUUAUUUACAUAAAAUUGUCGAAAAAUUUGCUUUUCGUUAUGUUCAAUGUAAUCAACCAAUCACAUCGAAUCGACCAAUAAUUCAUACAUCGGAAACGAUUUAUGUUCUUUGUUUUUCAUUGAUUAUGCUUUCAGCUGAUCUAUAUAAUCCACAGAUUAAGAACAAAAUGUCUAAACGUGAAUUUAUACGUAAUGUUCGUCGUGCAUUACGUGUACAAGAUGAUGAAUUCUAUGGCCAUCUUUAUGAUGAUGUUUAUCUUCGUGGUCAUAUAGCUCAUGGUGGUCAUGAUCAUAAUCAUAUGGUACAAAAAUCAUCAUCAUUAUCAUUGGGUCAUUCAUUUGAAAACAUCCACCCAUAUCACCAU